AUUUAAUUCGACUUUGUCAGUGGUCAUCUACUGUAUCUUACAGCGUCAAAGCUUAGAACCAUAAUGAACAUUUUCGUAACUUUCGUGUUUGUAGUAAUUUUUGUGACGUCAUGUAAAGGUAUAAAAAGUUAUAUGGGCACAGAUAUGCAGACAUGUUUCAACUGUCUCUGCCAUGCCAGAACUGGUUGUUACAGUCGCAUCAAUUGUGCUAAAUACUCAAUUAAUUUUGAUUACUGGAAGACCGCUAAUAGUCCAGUGGUUGACGUAGACGAUGAACCAGAGACCCAACAAAGUUACAAAAAAUGCAUGCGCAAUGAAAACUGCAUUUUAGCUACACUUGACCAGUACGCAGAUGCUAUUGGACAUAUGGAUUGCAAUUGUGAUGGCACGUUUGAUUGUAAAGACAGAUUUGCUAUACACUUAUUUGGAUCCGAAUGCACUAAUCCCAAGUUCUCCAAAAAAUACGCUAAAAGGUUUAAUAGUUGUUCAAAAGAGGCAGGUACUAAAACCAUGUUGAUCGAGGAAGGCUACUAUGGGUGCACGCCUGAAGUGUUUUAACUGUUAACAAUAUUUUAAUACGUACAACACUUAUUUUUAUAUGGAUUUAGAACUGUAGAUCAGGAAGCAAAUUAAAAAAAAGUGUUAUUUAGUGUAAAUUUAAUUCAAAUUGAUUGUAAAUUAAAGGAAUGCUUCGAUAAAACAAUAAAUGGCACAAAUACUUUUAUUUUAAAA